AUGGCGGAUAUCAUUGAAAAAGCUAGUGUUGGUGAGACUGGACUUCGCCAGCGUCACGAGGGACGUCAGGUGGAGAUUAUUGGGCCCAACGGCGAGCGAAAGAAGAUUGCAGUGGCUAAUCUCACCCACGCCGAUACCGAGUUGGCAGCCAAGUUUGGCUACAAUCCAGUGUUUAAGCGUGAGUUUGGAUAUCUGGCCACCUUUUCUUUCGCAGUCAGCAUCAGUGGUCUGUUCUCCACCAUCAUGACGACUAUGUCCUACCCGUUGGAAGCGGGUGGCAGUAGUGCGGUCGUGUGGUGUUGGUUCAUCUCUGGUGCUGGCUGUAUGUGUAUUGCUUGCUCCGUCGCCGAACUAGUCUCGGCGUAUCCGACAUCCGGUGGCCUUUACUUUACCAUCUCUCGUCUGGCCCCUCAGGCUUGGGUGCCCUCGAUCAGUUGGUUCACUGGAUGGCUGAACCUCCUAGGCCAGGUUGCCGGUGUGGCCUCGUCCGAGUACGGCGCUGCGCAAAUGCUGCUCGCCGCGGUCUCGAUGAGCCGCAACUUCAAUUACACCAUCACCACUGACACCACCGUUGGUGUCAUGGCUGCUUUGACGGUCGUGACGGGAGUGGUCAACUCUCUGUCGACCUACUGGAUGGAGAAGAUGACCAAAUUUUAUGUCAUUUUCCACGUGUGUGUUCUCGUGGCCUGUGCCAUUGCCCUGUUGGUUUUGACCAAAGAUAAGCAUGAUGCGAGCUACGUUUUUACUCAAGUUGAUAGCUCGAGUGGCUGGACACCGAUCGGGUUUAGUUGGUUGUUCGGUUUCCUUUCCGUGAGCUGGACCAUGACUGAUUACGACGCAACCGCGCACAUCACGGAGGAGAUGAGCGAGCCCGAACGCAAGGCGCCAUGGGCGAUUUCCCUGGCGAUGGCCUUCACCUACGUGGCCGGGUUCCUGUUCAACAUCGUUCUGUGUUUCUGCAUGGGUAAUCCGGAGGAGAUCCUGAGUUCCCCAAUGGAGCAGCCCGUGGCCCAGAUCUUCUAUAACAGCCUUGGCAAGGGUGGUGCCAUGUUCUUCACCAUUGCUGCUCUGAUCAUCAUCAAAUUCGUGACCUUCACGGCCAUGCAAUCCUUGGCCCGCACGGUCUUUGCCUUCUCUCGCGACCGCCUUCUGCCUUUUUCCACGAUCUGGGUCAAAGUGGCUCCCUGGACCGGGACCCCUCUGUACGCCGUCUGGAUCUCUGUCUUCUUCUGCAUUGCCAUCAACUUGAUUGGCCUCGGGUCCUACAUUGCCAUCUCCGGUGUCUUCACUGUUUGCGCUAUCGCCCUGGACUGGAGCUACUGCAUUCCCAUCAUGUGCAAACUGAUGUUUGGCAAAUUUGAACCUGGUCCUUGGCACAUGGGCGCAUUGAGUUGGAUUGUCAACGUCUGGGCUUGCUUGUGGACACUGUUCGUCAGUGUGAUCUUCGUGCUGCCCACGGCCAUGCCUGUUGCCGCGGACAACAUGAAUUACGCUUGCGUCUAUCUCGCCGCCCUUUUGGUUUUCGCCGGGAUCUACUGGCUCAUCCGCGGCCGUACCGUCUACACUGGUCCUGUCACCGAGGCCAUCGCUGAUGAUCUUUCUGAGAGCGAGAUCGUCGCCAACGAGAAAACUGACAAGGGUCCCUCCGCUUAA